CGGGGUUUAGAGUCCCCGAGGCUACACAGCCAAAGCCCGGGGGCUGGCCUAGCCAAAAGGGGCGGGCGAGCACGGCCCGCGGGCGGCGUUCGCUGGAGCUGGUGGACCGGGCGGCUGACCGAGGGGCGGACGCGCGGCGGGGCAGACCGCUGGGGACUGCGGGCGGCGCUGUGUCCGUCGCCAUGACAGAUCAGACCUAUUGUGACCGCCUGGUGCAGGACACGCCUUUCCUGACAGGCCACGGGCGCUUGAGUGAGCAGCAGGUGGACAGGAUCAUCCUCCAGCUGAACCGUUACUACCCACAGAUCCUUACCAACAAGGAGGCGGAAAAGUUCCGGAACCCUAAGGCAUCCUUGCGUGUGCGGCUCUGUGACCUCCUGAGCCACCUGCAGCGGAGCGGUGAGCGGGACUGCCAGGAGUUCUACCGAGCCCUGUAUAUCCAUGCCCAGCCCCUGCACAGCCGCCUGCCCAGCCGCCACGCUCUGCAGAACUCAGAUUGCACAGAGCUAGACUCGGGCAGCCAGAGCGGCGAGCUGAGUAACAGGGGACCCAUGAGCUUCCUGGCUGGCCUGGGCCUUGCUGUGGGACUGGCCCUGCUCCUGUACUGCUAUCCGCCAGACCCCAAGGGCCUGCCAGGGACCCGGCGCGUCCUCGGUUUCUCGCCUGUCAUCAUCGACAGACAUGUCAGCCGCUACCUGCUGGCCUUCCUGGCAGAUGACCUAGGGGGGCUCUGACAGACCCCGGACCCAGGGCCUCACCUGCCACUCAACCAAAGAGUCCUCGAGCCGGCCCGCCAAGGGGACUGCUGCUUCUUUUUCUAAAUGCAUAUUUUUCAUUAUUUAUAAUUUGUGUAAAAAACACACCUUCACCUUACAAGGUGCUGACCAUAUUAAAUGUUCAAGUUCUCUCA